AUGUUACUAAAGAACAAGCAUUUUAUUGGACAAGUUCCCUUGAAUGACGAUAUCCAUUCCGUCUCAUUAUAUUGUUUUCGACAUUUUUUAUUACAUCUUAAUAUUGGACCAUUUGUUUUCUUUUAUUUAACAUGGUUUGCUAUUUGGACAUAUCAUUUUGGUUUAUCUCAAUAUCCAGAAUUGGGCGUCAUUAUUACUGUCAUAAUAGCAAUCUUUCAUGUUAUCACAUGUUUGUUUUGUUACUGGUUUGUCGAAGUUCGAGCAUUUAUGCAAUGUUAUCCAGAAAGAAUGCCAUCAAGAGCUGAAGUUGUGGUAGUAAAACCAACGGCGAAUAAUGGCUACCCAGAAAUGGUCCCAUUACGUCAUGGGCCGGAUCCUCAUACUCACAAACCGCAAGCGUGGUUUAUAUUUCAAAAAUCUCGUUAUAUCUACGAUGAAAGUGAAAAAAAAACAUUUCAGACAAUCGAUUAUCCGUUAUCAAAUUCGUUUCAUACGUAUUUACAAUCAAAAGGACUACAAAACGAUGAAAUCAGUCAAGCAACAUGGAAUUUUGGUUCGAAUAAAAUGGUUAUUGAUAUUCCAAAAUUUAUUGAUUUAUUCAUUGAACGUGCUACAGCUCCAUUUUUUGUUUUUCAAGUAUUUUGUGUGCUAUUAUGGUGCCUAGACGAAUAUUGGUACUACAGUUUACUGACGUUGUUUAUGUUAAUAACAUUUGAAGUAACAUUAGUUCAACAACAAAAACGUAAUAUGGAAACAAUUCGGACAAUGGGUAAUCAGCCGUAUAAAAUUUCCGUUUAUAGACAACGAAAAUGGAUUAAAAUCGAUACGACGGAGAUUUUACCGGGAGAUAUUUGUUCGGUAUUGCGAACAAAUGAUAAUAAUCCAUUACCAUGUGAUAUGCUACUAUUAAGAGGACAAUGUAUUGUUGAUGAAUCAAUGUUGACUGGAGAAUCUAUACCUCAAAUGAAGGAACCUAUUGAGAAUGUCGAUGAAAAUAUGGUGUUCGAUUUUGAGCGUCAUGGAAAACUUCAUGUAUUAUCUGCCGGAACAAAAAUUGUUCAACAUACGCCACCAGCGAAAAUGCAAGGUGGAAUGAAAUCUCAAGAUAAUGGUUGUAUAGCUUAUGCAUUACGUACUGGGUUUAGUACAUCACAAGGAAAAUUAUUGAAAACGAUACUUUAUAGUGUUAAACGUGUGACAGCAAAUAAUUUCGAAACAUUUUUAUUUAUUUUAUUUUUACUUGUAUUUGCAAUUAUUGCUGCUGUUUAUGUUUGGACAGAAGGUACAAAAGAUCCAAAACGUAAUCGUUACAAAUUAUUUAUUGAGUGUGCUUUAAUCCUUACAUCUGUUGUUCCACCUGAGCUGCCGAUUGAACUAUCAUUAGCGGUGAACACAUCAUUAAUUGCUUUAGUUAAACUAUUCAUUUAUUGUACAGAACCAUUUCGAAUACCAUUUGCUGGUAAAGUGGAUAUAUGUUGUUUUGACAAAACUGGAACAUUGACAAGCGAUGAUCUAGUUGUUGAAGGUGUGGCAGGAAUUGGUUCAGCUGAUAGUCUCAUGACAGGUAGAGACUCAAUAUCGCCUGUUAAACAAGUAUUAUUGACUUGUCAUUCAUUGGCUAAUCUUGAUGGUGAUAUCAUUGGUGAUCCGUUAGAAAAAGCAACAUUAAAUUCACUUGAAUGGACAGUAACAAAAGGUGAUACAGUUGUACCUUUGAAAGGUCGUUCAGGUCGAUGGCAAAUAUUCCAACGGUAUCAUUUUUCCAGUGCGUUAAAACGAAUGAGUGUUAUUGCUGGACAUACAUUGCCAACAGGUGAAACAAGUUAUAUAGGUGCUGUCAAAGGAGCACCAGAAACAUUAAAAGCAAUGUUUAGAAAACCUCCAGAGAGAUACGACGACAUCUAUUUACGUUUAUCGCGACAAGGUGCACGAGUAUUGGCAUUGGGACAUAAAAGUCUUGGUGUUCUUAGUUUUCAACAAGUUCGAGAGCAAACCCGUGAUACAAUUGAACAAGAUUUAGAAUUUUGUGGCUUUGUUGUCUUAUCAUGUCCAUUGAAACCCGAUUCAAAAGCAAUGAUCAAAGAACUUUUACAUUCAUCUCAUCAUGUAAGUCAUUUUGUAGACAACACUUCAUUCUAA